UCAGCCGCGGUGCAUGCUGGGAGACUGAGGCAGCGGAGCAGCAGCAGCAGCAGCAGCCGGCUGACUUCACCUCUCGGUGCUCCGCCGGAUUAAUGUGUCAGGAGGACAGCUCUGCCUUUAACCGAGUCAUGGAAACCUGUGGACAACAUCUCACGGUGUAGGCAAGAGGACUCGUUGAUUGCCAGAGCGCCAUGGAACCAGAUGUCAUCCGCAUAUACUCGUCCUCUCCGCCCCCGAUGGAGGACGGAGCAGAGGAAGAGGAAAAUGACUUUGGAGACUUCGGCACCUUCUCCAGCGUCCCCGCCAGCAUCAGCUUCACAGAGUUCGACACCCCGACGACUUUCAACCAGACACAGGCUUUGAACGCCACGUCCCCGCCCGAGCUCAUCAACAACAGAGGGGUGGUAGCGUUCAGUCACAGCUCGUCCAACGGCACCCACAGCCCCAAUAUCGACCUGUCAAAGGCUAAUGGCGUUGUGCCGUCAGGCCACCUGGACAGCUGUCCCUCAGAAAGAACUGAGAUGAAAAAAGUCCUCUCUAGCUCUCUGGAUUUCUCAGUGAGCGGGACAGCUGGCGGCGAGCCCGCUGACUGCAACGGCGGCGGCACAGAGGUGCUAACAAACGGGUUUGCAUCCCUGGACGUUCAGGGAAGUCCUUCCUCGCAGAAUUCUGUCCACUCACUCAUAAUAGGAACGUCCACUGGGGACAAUGGCAGCAUCCCCGUCGAGAGCCCAGAGGAUGAUUUUGCAGACUUUGCUGCUUUUUCAGAUGCUGAAGCACACCUGAGCCAGACUGCUAACGAGGACUUGGACAACCCCACAGAGGGCAGCUGGUCGGCGGAGGAACACUGUAAUAUAAGACAGGGAACGACCUCAGAGGACAAUGUCAGGGACACAAACAGAACUGGCUCUGAUUCCUUAUCUGUCCCCGCUGAGGCUCCGGACCGGGGCUCGCACACAGACGCUGACUCUCAACAAAGGGACGUAGCCUUUGCCUCAGAGGCAGUUUGCACUAACACACCCCUCGCUCUGAACGGGGUGGCUGUAGCUGACGGGGACGAUUCCAAAGACGCUGCUGGCUGCUGUGAAAAUAACCUCUCACCGGACGCAGAUGGCGAGGCGGGGCAGCCGGACUGGAAGGGCUCCGGUAACGAGACCGAGACAGAAACCGAGACAGAGACUUCGUUUGGUCGGCCGUUGUCCACAGACGCUCUGGAGGAGUAUGGAGACAUGAGCACUACGGGCUCCGUGCCCUCGCCGCUCCCCCAAGGGGAGACUGCCACACCUGCAGACCACAGCCAGCUGGCCGAGGACGACAUGGACGAGGACUUUGGGGAUUUCGGAGACGCCGGCUCGUUCAGUGGUCAGGGUUUUGCAGAUUUUGAUCAGCUGGAAGCCCAGGAGGAGCCGAGCAAGUCUCACAGCCCCGCCCCUGCACAGGAAGCCGUGGACGCUGCGGACGAUGACGACUUUGGCGACUUCGACUCCUCGAAAUUCCACACAGGUGGAAACGAGGCGGAGGAUGGAGGAACAUUUGCAGACUUUCCCGUCAGUGACAGUUUUGGGAAUUUCAGCUCAGCGACAGAUGGAGCAGACGAUGGGGGGGACGCAGGGUGGAGCGCCUUCGGGGAGCAGCAGCAGCAGGUGGAGGGGGAGUCCUGGGCGGCGUUCAGCACAGAGCCGAGUGACGCUCCUCCUGCAGACAGCGGAGAGGAGGAACAGGAGGAGGAGGAGGAGGAGGAGGAGGAGGAGUGGCAUCAAAGUGUAUCUCCUGCAGUCAGCAACGAAGCCAGCAGGACAGACGAACAGUCGGUGAGCAUGAUGGGAAAUGAACUGGUGACACUGGGAAACGUUAUGCAUGCAGAGUUAAUGGACCCAUAUGUCAUCGUUUCAGGGUCGUUUUUAAUUUAUUUCUAAAGAGCUUAAUAGGACAGGAAG